AUGGAGGAAACGGCAAAACAGGCAGACUUUUCAGGGUCAUUCGAAUACAAACAGCCGUUCCCGCCACUCCUCGACGACCUCGCCUCGCCGGAGGAAGCUCAGGAGAGCUAUGCCGAAGACGACAGCGUCACCUCACCCGGCUACGACGAGAUCGAGGUGGAAGACGACGCUGAUUUUCAGUCGCAUUACUCUCUCGACCCCCAGUCUUUCUCGGAUUCGGAGUCAGAUAACUCCACCGAUGAGAUUGGGAGACACCAUCCAUUCCGCCAGUCGUCCAGCUCACUCCACGGACCCAAUGCUUUUGCGCCUCCAUUCUACAACCGCCCACCGACCCCUCUCCCUCCCUCGCCUUCGUUGACAUCCCUACUGCGACCGCCCUUCUCCACUACUACAUCACGCCCCACCACUCCUGAUAGCUCUGAUGUCGAGACCCCCAACGACACCGAAGCCGCCGUCGCGAAGUCGGCCCGACGCGCGACGACAGUCCCACGCGCCAGCCCCAAAGUGCCCACCUACGAGUAUUACGGAUUUGUUCUCUAUCUGGCAUCAUCGCUCGCGUUCUUGUUCUACUUGCUCUGGUCGUAUCUCCCUUCUCCAUUCCUUCACCAGCUCGGCAUCUACUAUUACCCCAAUCGCUGGUGGUCACUAGCCAUUCCGUCAUGGCUGGUAAUUUCUAUCGUCUAUAUCUACGUUGCGCUCGCCUCGUACAACACCGGCUACCUGACCCUCCCCAUGAACAGUAUUGAGAACAUCGUGGAUGAGGUUGCAAAUGUUGCUGUAAUUGACGGGAAAGCACGGCGGAGGCCUGGUGGCGCCACCAAGAUGAAGCCUGGCGCAACUUCAUAUCAAAUUAUGGGCCCCCAAAAUCGCAAAGUCAACUGGCGCGAGAUCUGGAGUGAAGGCACGGACGCAGUGAUGGAUAUCCCCGUGGGGGGCGUCUGCGAGGUGCUGUAUGGCCAGGAACGGGAUGAAGACAGCAUGCCACAAGGCACCUUUGCUCCCGAUCUAUAA